AUGGUUGUUAACCUAUCCGGCCGAUUUUAUUUGGAGAAAGGCAUUGAGGAACGCCUAGGGAAAGAAUUUCUUGACAGAAUAAAUAAGGAAGGUUACAUUGAUGUCACAAACAAGUCAGGAAAUGUUUUAUACAGGGUAACAAAAGAGAGCUUGAUGGAACGACUGAACACUGACAUGCGUGCAACAAGCCUCUCCAUUAGCAAGGAAUGCAGCUUCUUCAUAGUUCAUGGUUCUGCUGAUGAGAUCAUUCCCGUGGAAGAUGCAUAUGAGUUUGCAAAGCAUAUACCGACCCACAAACUGUGUGUCAUCGAGGGAGCAGAUCACUGCUACACCAGACAUCGUAAAGAACUUUCUGAUGCUGUAGUGGGUUUCAUUACAUCCAACAAGGUACCGAAGAAUGCCAUUUUAUAUGUCGUUCUCUGCAGUAUCGCUUCUGGUUUGACAGCGCCUUUAAUUUCACUGCGAUGA